CAAAUCGCAACUCAUAUAUAAGCACACACUGGCACUGUAUACUCACACUUAAAUCUUAUCCAGAAGAUGGUGAUGAAAGUAGCUUCACACAACACUUGUUCAUUCUCCACGCUCAAUCCCAACGCGCCGAUGUUCGUGCCGUCGGCGUAUCGCCUCGUCGAGGACUUCUCCGAUCAGUGGUGGUCUCUCGUGGAGUCCUCCCCUUGGUUCCGCGAUUACUGGCUCACUGAACGCUUCACCGAUCCGCAAUUUCUCGAUGAGAUCGACGAUCUCCUCGCCAGCGAUGUCAAUGUCGUUAAAGAUCAAGGAGAUGAGAUUCAGAAGGAGUUGAUCUCGCUCGGAAUGCUCAAGUGGCGUAAACCGCGUGUGGCGACGGAGAGGAAGAUCUGCGGCCGCAAAGCGCCCAAGAUCGUGAAUGUGAAAGUGAGUCCCAGGCCGAUUCAGCAACCGAGGUAGAACGAGUUGGGUGAAACAGUGGGUUUUAAACUCGAGGAACUAGGGUUUAUAUGUGUUGUGGCACUUGUAAUAUUUUCAGUUAUUUUAGGUUUCAAGAUCAUGUGCCUGCUGUGUAUGUAUAUAAAUAAAUUAGUCCUUCGAUUUUA